AUGGCCGAUUCCACCGCGCACCCGCCGCCGGCGGUGGAUCAGCGAGUCCAGCGGCUGGCUACCCGCGCCUCCAUCGCAGUCGCCGCUGCGGCUACGCUCUUCCUCCUGUACCUCGUCCGGCACGCCUCCACCCCCUGCUUCCCCGCGUCCCACACCAUCCCCCUCUCUCCCUUCCCCCGCAACUCCUGCGACGCCGCCUCCCGCCGCGUCCUCCCCCCGGACCGCCGGCUCGCAAAGCUCCGCUCAUCCUCUCGCUGGCGCCGCCGCUCCACUGCGCUAGCGUCCUCCGUAUUCCCCCCGCUACACGGCCUCCGCCUCCUGGCCAACUCCUCCCGCGUCCUCUGCCUCACUGCCGGCGCCGGCAACGCCGUCGACGCGCUCCACGCAGCGGGGGUAAGCGAAGUGACCGGGAUCGACCUCGUGGACUUCCCGCCGCUCGUCCGUCGCGCAGACCCCCACCGCCUCCCCUUCUCUGACGGCGCCUUCGAUCUCAUCUUCUCCGACGACCCGGCGGGGAUCUCCGGCGCGCUCUUCCCGGCUCGCGUCGCCGCGGAGGCCGAGCGCGCUGUCCGCGACGGAGGCGCCAUCGCCCUCGCCGUCGACUGGCAGCAGGACCCCGCCGCCGUCGCCGCGCUCUUCAAGAGGUCGCGCGUCGUGGAUACCAGGGCUGUCACCUUGGAUGGCUCCCAGGUCAGGUUGCUAAUUUUUCAGAGUAAUGGCACCACCCUGAACCCGCGAUGAUAUUCUGAACCAGUGUUAAAGUAAUUCUCCUGUUCAUCAUGUUGUUUCUGUUUAGAUCAAACACUAGAUUUUACUGAGCUAUGGAUUUCUGCAUCAGAAUACAACUGUAACUGUGUAGAUCAAUAGUUGAGAAAAAUGGAAGAUUGCUGCGGUGCCGGUUGCUCUAGCAAUAAUAAAUUUCUAACAUUCCCUGAAAGUUCGAUCAUUUUGCUGUGCUUGUUUUUCUAGCUACGACCAUACGAAUUAGGAUCAACAUAUAUC